GCCGCCUUCAGGAUGAUGGGAGACAGAAAGAGGGAAGUACUGUGACUCACGGCACCGGAACCAACACUAUCGUAAUUUAUCGGACAUAUACUCUCUGCUAAUGAAUAAAAACCCCGCUACUUCGUCUGGGAGCACUUUGACAGGAUGGACUCACAGGAAGGGGAGGAGCCGCCUCUAAAAGGAUCUCAAACAGAUAGUCGUCUAAAGAGCAAGAAGCCCCCCAGCCUCGUCAUAGCCAUUCCUCCACCCGAGGAUGCCAUGUCCAAUGAUCAUGACAAACAGCUUCUCCGACCGUCACUGACGAAGGCUGCAAGCGGCGAAGCGACUGGCUCGACAUCAGAGAGCCCGAACGGAGCCGGAGAUGGAGGAACGGCGGGCAGAUACAGAAGGGAGAAGUUCGGUAGACAAACAUCGCUUUCACAGAGCAUUCGGAAGAAUGCAGCCGACUGGUUUGGAGUUGGUGAAGACUGUGAGACGAAGCAGCAGGUAUGGCACAGGAAGAGCUUGCGCCACUGCAGCCAGUUCUAUGGCAAGCUCAAGGCCCAGUACAGAGAGCCAGAGACCACCUUGAGCUUUGACCAGGGUCUGGACUCACCGGCCGCCCACAAGUUUCCAAAGAUUGUGGACCCCCUGGCACGGGGACGAGCUUUCCGUUGCCCGGAUGAGAUGGACAGUCGCUCCCCCAGAACUCCGCACACUGCUCCGGGUUUUCCUGCCACACCAGGGGUCACCUCCCUCAGCUCCUUCACCAGCCAGCGCUCCGGGUACACCCGCCUCCCCCCACGGAAAAGGGAGUCUGUCGCACGCAUGAGCAUCCGAGCUGCCUCCAACCUGCUGAGGGGUCGCAGUGGUUUAGCGGGCUCACUGAGAGCUCGCAGUUUCCCCAGGAGGAGCUUCGCCAAGCCCAGCUGGGUGGACGAGGACACGGUGGAUUCAGCCGAUGUGUCCGUGUCCUUCUUCAGUAAGGGGGACGUCCACGAUGAGAUGUACUCUAUGGCCGACGAUGUGUUUGAAUCCCCCCCCUUGUCUGCCUCCAUCCCCUCGGAGCAGGCUGUUCAGAAGUUCCCCAGCAUUAAGGACGUGUCUCGAACCCCCAAGACACCCACCAAGGUGCCAGAAAAGAUUCCCCCUCGUCGUGGCCGUCGCAUCGCGUCCCAAGUAAAGCACUUUGCGUUUGACAAACGCAAGCGUCAGUACGGUAUGGGAGUGGUGGGGAAGUGGUUGAACCGGAACUACCGCCACAGCCUCAGCAGCAACAUCCAGAAGAAGCUGGACGACUUCCACAGCCACAGGCCCUACUUCACCUACUGGAUGACAUUUGUUCAUAUACUCAUCACACUGCUGGCCUGCUGCACGUACGGGUUCGCCCCCGUAGGUUUUUCACAAAACUCCAAAACUGAACUGGUGCUGAGGAACAAAGGCAUUUAUGAAAGCGUCAAGUUUGUCCAACAGGAGAACUUCUGGAUCGGUCCGAGCUCUGAGGAUCUGAUCCACUUGGGGGCAAAGUUCUCCCCCUGCAUCCGUCAGGACAAACAGAUCGUCAACCUGAUCAAAAAAGCCACAGAGCUGGAAAGAGAUUCAGGCUGCUGCAUUCAGAACGACAACUCUGGCUGUGUGCAGACACUCAGUGACGACUGCUCGGAGACCUUGGCCACCUUCAUGAAGUGGAACAAUGACCAUGUGGACUCCACCAGGUCCUCCGGCUCCGUCUGCCACCAGGACCCCAGAUUGUGUGAAGAGCCGGCCUCUGCAGAGCCGCAUAUAUGGCCCGAUGACAUCACCCAGUGGCCGGUCUGCACUGACCCAAAGCAGUGGAACCACACUGGCUACAGACACAUGGACUGUGACAUCAAGGGCAGACCCUGCUGCAUAGGCACUAAGGGCAGAUGUGAGAUCACAACCAGAGAGUACUGUUCUUUUAUGCACGGUUACUUCCACGAGGAGGCCACGCUCUGCUCACAGGUCCACUGUCUGGACGAUGUGUGCGGCUUGCUGCCCUUCCUGAACCCUGACGUUCCUGACCAGUUCUACAGACUGUGGCUGUCCCUCUUCCUCCAUGCUGGGCUCUUCCACUGUGCGGUGUCGGUGGUGUUCCAGAUGACCAUACUGAGGGACUUGGAGAAGCUGGCAGGCUGGGUCCGCAUCUCUAUCAUUUACAUCCUUAGUGGAAUCACUGGAAACCUCGCCUCGGCCUUGUUCCUGCCAUACAGAGCUGAGGUGGGUCCAGCAGGGUCUCAGUUUGGACUCCUCGCCUGCCUGUUUGUUGAGCUGUUUCAUGGCUGGCAGAUGCUGGAAAAGCCAUGGAAAGCCUUCCUCAAGCUGCUGGGCAUCGUGCUCUUCCUCUUCCUGUGUGGCCUUUUGCCGUGGAUCGACAACAUCGCCCACAUCUUUGGCUUCCUCAGCGGCAUGCUGCUCUCCUUUGCUUUCCUGCCCUACAUCACCUUUGGGACCUUUGACCAAUAUCGCAAGCACAUCCUGAUCAUCGUGUCCCUGCUGGCCUACGUCGGGCUGUUCUCCUCACUCAUCGUUUGGUUUUAUGUCUACCACAUCAACUUGCACUGGCUGGAGCAUCUCACCUGCCUCCCCAUCACGAGCAAGUUUUGUGAAAAGUACGAUAUAGAUCAUGACAUUAACGAUGUGGUGCACUAGUCUUCAGGCAACGCAAGGAUAAAGUCCUAGUCCACUGAAACCACUGCUGGAAAAAUUCCAGGUUCAUGUCUGUUUUUUCAAGUAUUUGACAAUCAUGAUGAUCAU